GACAAGAGCUCGCUGUCUACCACGGUCCACAACCAUAUCCAUAUUCUACCGACGAUCACAGCAACGAUGCAAAGGACUUACGGACGUAAGAACUCGCGCCGUGCACGACCAAACUCGCCAGGUGUGGAGGCUGUGCUUUCACCACCGCGGAAACGACCCAGAAUCGAGGUUGAGAUCGUGCAGCCACCGUCUAGUGCGUAUUUAUCACCACCUAAAGUAACCAGUCCCAUCCGAAGAAGUACGACGAUGCCUGAUGUGGGCUCAAUUUCGAGUACGCCGUCAAAAAUUCGUACGCCGACUAAGCCAGCUCGGGAUCUGAGCACGUUGUUCUCCGCUUCUCCGCAUCGGACGCCGAACUCACCUGGAAAGUCGCUCGGAGUGGUGAAACGUAUGCUGUCACGCUCGCGCACGGAGUCGUCCGUUGACCAUAAUACUGGUCAUAAUGUCUGCUCAUUAACCCCAUCGUCUAACACACUUCCUGUCCAUUCUUCUCCACCGAAGAUAGCCUCCUCGCGUUCACCUUCCCCAACACAGAAUAAACCACUUCUGACAAAGCACACACGGACGUAUGCUGGGGCAUCACGGUCGUACCGUAUUGCGCUUCCGGCAGCUGAUCUCGCAGAGCCAGAUGACACGCGUGAAUCUUAUGCUGACUUGCGGUCUCGGUGGGGCGUCGACAACUCCGAGGAUGAUCCACGUCCUUUCGACAAUGAUACUGGGACACUGAAGAGGAUCUCUAGCGUGGGUUCGCGGGUGCUAGCGAAUGGGAUGAUGAAUGAUCUCAAGAGUAUCACGGAGUUGCGGAGCAAGGGCGAAAGCAGACGAUUUCUUGACGAGGUAGGGUAUCUAUUUGAAAGCAUAGAGAGUGGUUGUGCUAUUGCACUCCGCAGAGCCAGUGUCUUGGAAAUUGUCACUAAACUAUGCGACCCCGAAUUCAACCGCCGUGCGAAAACAUCUGAUUUUUAUGCUCGCACUUGGGAUAUAUUCCUCAAAGCCCGCGGAGACGGUCCAGACAAGAUUCUUGAUGCCACCCUUUCCUUCUUUGCGUUCCUUUCCACCCGCGACUUCCAAACCCUUUCCGAACUUGCUCAUAAACCUGAACUCGUCCCCACUCUCCUCGAUAUCCUGCGCUCCCUCACUCCCACCUCCGACAUCAAGGGUGAUGGGCUCAAUCAGGGUCUGAAGAAAGAUAUCCUUGCACUCGCCCUGUCGGGGGUAGAUGCAAUGGGGCUGAGAGCAUCGGGUAUCAUCAGGACAGACGUCGCGCCGCUCAAAGCACUUGCAGAUGUGAUCGCGAAAUCAGGAGUGAUGAAGGAUACACAUGGGCUCUCCACCCGUACUCUGCUUAGCAAUACACUAUCAUCCUUACCGGCUUCCCUCCUUCCGCCUGCAUUGCAGACCCUCCCAUCAAUCCUCAAUUCCCUCCGUGCAGAGCUUCUGCUUGUACCUCCACGCGUCAGUGCUUGGGAGAGGGGCCUGGAGCUGUUUCCCAGUUAUACAUGCUCGGAUAUAGGACUGGGGAAAAAUGGGAAUACAAAAAGAAAUGGGAAAGGAAAAGAAACACAUAAACCCUCAGAUCCCCCGAUAGAGAUCGCCACUCCCUCCCUCGCUCACAUCCACGCCUGUCUCAGCCUCGUAGACACCUACCUCUUGAAAGAGUGGAUAGGCCACGUUCCAUCACGUUCUAGUGUCGCAAGUGAUGGUUCACAUGGGACUAGAGAACAAUCGGAAAUAUACCGUGCGCUGGCGGACCCGAUACUUACAGACGAACUCGUGGAGCUGUGCGUGGCCACUGAAAUUCUUGUACGAGAUUGUGUACGGGAUUCGGAUACAAUGAACAAGGAAGAGGAUGUGGAGGAAAGUCAGGCCCUAUCCCUGAUUACCCGUGUGGUGUUACGUGCACAAGCUGGAUGGGUCGGGAGUCUUGGCGUUGAUGGGGUUAAGGGCGAACGGGAUGACGAGACGACGCAGGGGAAUGAACAACAUGCAGUAAAACUGGAGGAGCUGGAGGGUAUAGAUACUUCUUCCCCACCUUUACCCGGCUCCCGACGUGAAUCUACACGUUCCCCUCGAAAACGGACACCGCUUCCUGUUUCUUCACCGUCCAAACUUGCACAUAAACCUUCAAUUACAACCAAUGCGCCAAGUAAACUUGGCAGGCAGGGUAUGUUGCAUAGAAACGAUACGCCAAGUAAAAGUACCGGCACACCGAGCGAAGGAAAUGACACAGGUAAAGGGAAAAGCAAGGCCAUAUCAGUCCCGCCAUAUACCCUGACACGUGUUGAGUCUUUCGACUUGCUUUGCCUGGCGCUUGGGUUGCUUCUGAACUGGGCAUCUGGGGGCAUCGAAGGGGGAGGGGUGAGUGAGGGGAUGGGACGUAUCCUUCUCAAUCGCGCCUGCUCUGCCACCCGCGGCUGCUCGCAUAUCUGUUCAUGCCCUCCGUCUUCACAGGUACCGCUGCUCUCGUGUUUAGUGUCUGUGUAUCAGGCAUUUGGCAGUUCCGUAUUUGUAUCAGCUGAUUCUUCAUCGCGGACACAAAAAAUCGUGUCUGGCCACGAACGUAAACUGACCAUGGGUGCCGGUCGGAAGCCGCCAUCUGCAUGUCAGCAAGAUUCUCCCUCUGCAAGCCCUACCUGCCACUCCACUUCCUCUAGACGUAAAACUGCUUCCUCCCUACCCACAUUGAACACGUCCAGCAUGCCUCAAUCUCCCGAACUCACUUUCCUGGCAGGGUACACCGCUGUUCUUCUCGGUCUCCUCUGCACACCCACAGCUCCGCAUGAAAUCCGGGUACUAUCUACAAACCGAUCACUGAUAUUUAGCGAUGUCGUCAUCGAGACGCUCAUCAAAGACGUGCGAGACUUUUUGGCUCUUUAUGACGAUCUCGAGGGAGAACUCAGUGAUGAGGGUGAUAUUGUGGAUGUGGAUAUGAGUCCAGAUGUGGAUCGAGGGCGUAGCGGGGGACGAGGACAAGGUGGGGGAAAGGGGAGGGGUAAAGCGCUAGAGAAGAAGAGCGAAGAUGUAGCGCGCGGGGUACUGAGAGCGUUAGAGGCGCUACGAGACGAUGGACUAUGAGAUGGUCGUCGAUACUUGCUUUCAACUGCGGUAGGUUUGAAGAUCCUUUCUGUCAAUGACGAUGGUUGGUUAUAUUGUGGCAUCAUGUCCGAUACGAUUAGAAGGGACGUUUUUAUUCCUUCUGUUAUGGUCUAACUAAGGGAGAUUGGUUGACGAGAGCCGACAAGGCGGGAAACGACACACAGUUCGCAUCGUCACAGAAGGUAUAGAGCAGACGAAUGGUGAAGCGCAGGAUCACAUGCAUCAUGGGUUCAAUCCGGUGACAUCUCAAGGUGAUUCAAAUAUGUAAACAACAACUCUGUCACAGUGGUGCAAGCCGC